AUGUUUAAUAGAAUUUUUACUUACGUAUGGAAUGGAAUGAAAAAAAGAGUAGAUUUACAACCGUAUACAUAUAUUCAUAAAAGAAGGAUGAUUAGACAUAGAAAUUCUAUGAUAAAUUUCACAAAUUUCUUGCUCUAUUUCAAUUCUACUUCAACAGUGCAUUGCGUUAUGGAUAGUUGGAUUAUUGUCCAUGGGAUGAAUAUUUUUUCUAUUCCAGGUGUUGACCAAGAAGUAAUCUUGAUGCUGGCAAGUGUUGACCAAGAAAUGAUCUUGAUGCUGGCAAGUUAA